AUGUCUAAAUCGAAUAGCUUGGUUGCGUUACCCAUUUUCCAAGCAUCCCUUUCAGCGAGCCAAUCCCCAAGUUAUAUUUUCAGUUCCCACAAUGGUACAAGGGUCGUUUUCAUUCAGGAUAAUAUUAUCAGAUGGUGCAAUUCACUUACCGAAUCAUCUUAUCAAAGUUUGGAUUUUAGCCGUCAUUUGAUUUUGGAUGACACCUUUCGUGUGAUAUCUAGUGCGUCUGGAGACUUACUUGGUUUUUUUAAUGUUCAAGAAAUCUUUGUAAUGGAAGUUCCCUGGGGAUAUAACAACAUUGAAGAAGCUUCCGUACAAGAUGCAUUCCAACUUUUCCAUUAUUCGGUUGGUCAGGUGGAAAAUGGUUCGAGAUCACUUAUCAAGAAAGUCUUGUUCCAUCCGAAGAGUUACCAUGAUUCUUGCAUAGUUGUUCUAAAGGAGGACGACACCAUUACAAUGUUUGACAUUCUCAAUCAACAACAUAAACCUAUUGUUCUGAACAAACGCAGCAAUUCAUUUGGUUUAGAUGCACGCGUAAAUGACAUCACAGAUCUAGCAUUUAGUAGAGAUGGGUUGACAUUAUAUUGUCUAAACACGACAGAAGGUGGCGAUGUCUUUGCAUUUUACCCAUUAUUGCCACCAGUAUUAUUGCUAGGUGAGAAAGAUUUGGGUUGGAUCCUGAACAAGUCACUAGUGAUGUACGAAUCCCUAGAUUCCACGACAGAUAUUACAGUCAAGAGAAAUAUUAUCAAGCAACUGCAACUCGUUUCUAAACUGCACGAAAAUUUGGACUCCCAGCUUGGUAAAGUUGAAAUUGACGAAGAAUAUCGUUUAGUGAAAAUGCAAGGUCCAUUCACCAUCAAUCCCUUUCCUGACGAAUUGUAUGAAUAUACAGCUGCAAACAUCACAACCAUACCAAUUGACAAUAUGCAAAAUGAAAUCGUUUGUGUCGGUUUUGAUGAUGGGUCUCUCAAUUUAUUAUUUCAAGAUUUAGAGAUGUCAAUGUCAUGGGAUGUGGACAACUAUGUUCAUAAUAAUUCGUUGGUCCUAAUUGAGCGAAUUAAAAUACAAGAAACAGAUAUUAAAUCCCUCAAAACAUUGCCAGAGGAAUUGGGAAAGUUGUAUGUUUUUUCCGAAAACUCUGUGCAUCAGCUAGACUCCACAAACUGGUCAGCCAUAUUGAGCAGGUGUAUUGAGGAAUCCGAUUUGAACGCACUCGGGGAUGUGAAAUUCGAAAGUAAACUAGAAAAUAUUGUCACUAUAGAACACCCCUCGAACUUAGCAUAUAUCAGCUGGAAUGACACUUCCAAUUUAGUCUUAACGGCGAGGGGAAAACUAACUUUUCAAAAUAUAUCGAACGACAAGGAAUUACAAACUACCAAGUUCGAUGCAAAUAACAAGUCGGACAGGAUUGACGCGGGAAAGCAUUAUGAAAUGAGUUUUACACAACCCAUAAACGAAAUUCUAUCAUUAAAUGAAAGUUUUCAAAAAGCUUGUAUAAGUCCAUGUGAAAAAAUUAUUCCGCCAGCAUAUCGCCAGAUGCCUUUAAAGAAUGAAGCCAGUGAGAACCAAUUGGAGAUAUUUACCGGUAUUUCGAAGGAAUUUUUGCAGAAAAUCAUUAAAGCUCAGAGCCUAGGUUUCUCUAUAUACAACAGAAUCCAAGAGCAGCAGUUCGAACUUACUCGUCAACUACAGGCCACAUCAAAGAUAAUUUCCAAGGAUGCAGAUUUACAAGAAAAAUUGGGAGCGCAAAAUAAAAAAUGGGAUGCUCAAGUUAGUAGGCAGGUGAAACUGAUGGAGAGAUUCAAGAAAUUAACUGAGAAUCUUUCCCAAAUUGCUGAAUCCAAAAAAUUGAGAGAAAAGAACAUAAACCGUGGUGAGAUGAAAUGGUUCAAAGAAAUACGCAAUCAAAUAUUGCAAUUCAACAACUUUGUUCGCUCUCAGAAGUCGCUCCAGCAAGACUUGUCGUACAUGAAGAAGGAAUUGACCCGUAUCGAGGCCGAAACUAUUAAAACAGAUGAAAAGACCCAAAACGAGUGGGACGAACUGCGCAAGAUGCUAGAAGAAGAUUCUAAAAUUAUAAAAGAGUGUAAUGAAGAAUUAAUGCAUGUUUCCCAGCAACUCACCACUAAUACUCAGUCAAAAAACUGA